AGGAACCUUAACAUUUUUUAAAACGUUAACAAAAUUUCAAUCUCCAAUGAGCUCCAGUAAGAGAAAUUUUCCUAAGAAAAGCCCUUCUUUAAGCAAUAAAAAAGAAAGUAUAUCCCUUAUAGACACGUUCUAUGAGUUUUAUGAUAAUUAUAAAAAUAAUACAGAUGAAUCUUUAAAAAAGAUAGAUUAUUGGUUAAUUUUCCUGGUAUUUUCAGGUUGUCUUCAGCUGUUAUAUUGUGUUCUAUCUGGAUCUUAUCCGUUUAACAGUUUUUUAUCGGGUUUUAUUAGUACAGUUGGACAAUUUGUACUUGCGGUGAAUUUAAGAAGUCAAUGUAAUGUAAAGAAUGAAGAAAUCCAUAAAAACAUUUCACCAGAAAGAGCAUUUGGGGAUUUUGUUUUUAGUAGUCUUAUUCUUCAUUUCUUUGUAAUUACAUUUCUUGGUUAGAUUGUAGUAGAUAUUUUUUAUUAUAAAAUAUUAUUAAUUAUAUUAA